AUGGCGAUAAAUCAAUCGGUAUACGCAUCACCGUCGCCGCGUGCGUCCGUCGCUCGCGUCGUGGUCACACAUUGUCCCUCACAUGGCGAUAAAUCAAUCGGUAUACGUGCGUGUCCGAUCGAACGGUCGAUCGCGUCGUCGUCGACGGCGCGUCAGCGCGCGACGGCGCGGACGACGGCGACCGGUGGGUCGUCGACGCGAUCGAUGGGUUCGUCCGCGCGCGCGCGUUCGCGGUGGACGCGUCGGUGGGCGGUGACGCGCGCGUUCGCGGUCGUCGCAUUCGCGGCGGCGUCGGAGGGGGGCGUCUCCGGGGCACCGUUCGCGAACGGAGGCGCGCUCCGCGCGGCGGUGCAGAACUGCUUGGCGGUGGAUCCCACGGGGGGGUGCGAUUGCGCGAAUGCGACCGUGGAUUGCGGGGCGGCGGGGAGCGAUCCCAUGGAGCUGUGGGACGUGAGCGCGGUGACGGACAUCUCCUUUAUGUUUUCUGGCGCGACGUCGUUUAAUCAGCCGAUUGGAAACUGGAACGUGAGCGCGGUGACGGACAUGUCCGGCUUGUUUUCUGGCGCGACGUCGUUCAAUCAGCCGAUUGGAAACUGGAACGUGAGCGCGGUGACGAGCAUGAACAAUAUGUUCGAGGAUGCGCGGUCGUUUAAUCAGCCGAUUGGAAACUGGAACGUGAGCGCGGUGACGGACAUCUCCUUUAUGUUUGCGAAUGCGCGGUCGUUUAAUCAGCCGAUUGGAAACUGGAACGUGAGCGCGGUGACGGGCAUGUACUCUAUGUUUCGUGGCGCGACGUCGUUCAAUCAGCCGAUUGGAAGCUGGAACGUGAGCGCGGUGACGAACAUGGCGUACAUUUUCGCAAACGCUUCUUCGUUUGACCAGCCCAUUGGCGCGUGGAACACAGCCUCGGUGAGGAUCAUGGACGACAUGUUCACGCUCGCAAAGAGCUUCGAUCAACCAAUCGGGGGCUGGAACACACGCAACGUCGUCACGAUGCGACGAAUGUUCUCAUAUGCGUCAAAGUUCAAUCAAGACAUAUCAACGUGGAACGUCAGCAACGUGCGUUCAACGAGAGCGAUGUUCGCGUUGGCGUCGCGCUUUGAUCAAGACAUCACGGUGUGGGAUUCUCCCCUACUGUUGUCGAACGAAACAUUCGCCAUGUUCCACUGUGCGAACGCUUGGCUCGCGACGCACAAAAGAAGUGACGGUUCACUGCACACCACGGGCCCGCCAAGUGCGUGGACUAUGUCUGCCGGUGCAUGGACGGGCAGCACUUGCGGGGACGUCCAAAGUGAUGCAUCCAACGAUAUCAACGUCACCUUCCACGUAUCAGGUCCGUUUACGACAGAAGACGCAUCAGCUGGUGAUAGGGUUGGGCAACGAAUGUCUACAUCUGGGAACGUCACUCUUGUAGGCUACGCGAGAGACGACGUGACGAGUACAUCGCGCGGCGCCGCAUACAUAUUCGAACGCAAUGUCGCAGGAUGGACGCAAACGCACAAGCUCACUCCCUCGAACGCGUCGCAAUUCGAGGAUUUUGGUGUAUAUGUAAAACUUUCUGGUGAGACUGCGUUCAUAUGGAGUACUCCAAACCUUUCAUACGCGCCGAGAUGUAUACACGUAUUCCGACGAAUAGGCUCGACGUGGACGGAAACUCAAAUUCUCACGGUACCCGCUGACCUUGAACUGGAGGCAGAACGCUUUGAAUUGACGACGACGCAUGCGUUUGUUCGUGCACGAGCAUAUAGCGACCCGCGCAGACGGCAAAGAAUGAUUAUUGUAUACAAGGUUUUGUCGAACGGGACUUGGGUAUACGACACACGAAUACCUUUAGAAGUGACUAACUUCUGGUCGGAGGGUUCUUUCAUUCGAGUCCCUCCCCCGGGGUAUUAUUAUAUUCAAAAAGCUGAAAAUGAUCGACUCUUCAUGACCAUGUCGCAUAUGCGAGGAGGUGUAGAGGGUCGUGGAUUUGUUUUCAAAUACUCAGGUUCAUCGUGGAUUCUGGAGGCAGAGUUACCUUUAAUAGGACUUUAUUCUUGGUGUCCAUCCGGUGCAUUCACGGGUUCAAUCGUGCUGAUAGGCUGCAAUGCCCUGCGAUAUAACAUCGGUGUUGACUCCGAGGCUCGGGGUGUCGUGUACGUGUACGAGCGCAACGAAUCGAACUGGUACCUCACGGCGUCCAUCGAGCCACCGGACGCAACUCAGUACUUUGGCGGGACAAUCGACAUUUCUGGCGAGUAUGCGCUUAUCGGUGACCCUCGAUCGCGCCCGUACGGUGACUCUCAAGGUAACAGGGGCGCCGAUGCCGGAGUCGUUUACGUUUUCCAACGCAUAAACGCGUUCACGUGGGUCGAAAAAACGCGCAUUUACGCGAAUGACGCAGCCCCAAGUGACCUUUUCGGAGACUCGCAACCAAAUUACGCCUUCACGGGCUCGCGCGCGAUGGUCGGCGCCGGCGGGCACGGCGCAAACGGUCAGGACAGCGGCGCCUUUUACGAAGUCAACUUUGAGUUCAAGCCGGUCGCGGCGGCGUCGGAGGGGGGCGUCUCCGGGGCACCGUUCGCGAACGGAGGCGCGCUCCGCACGGCGGUGCAGAACUGCUUGGCGGUGGAUCCCACGGGGGGGUGCGAUUGCGCGAAUGCGACCGUGGAUUGCGGGGCGGCGGGGAGCGAUCCCAUGGAGCUGUGGGACGUGAGCGCGGUGGACGACAUGUACCAAUUGUUUCGUGGUGCGCAGUCGUUCAAUCAGCCGAUUGGAAACUGGAACGUGAGCGCGGUGACGGACAUCUCCUUUAUGUUUGCGAAUGCGCGGUCGUUCAAUCAGCCGAUUGGAAACUGGAA